UUUUACUUUAGGCCUGUUCAACAGUUCAGAGCUAAAAUAAGAUCCAAAUCAUUUCCUGUUUCUGUUUCCACUUUGGGGAAAAGCACUGGUGUAACAGUCAUCAUGUUUUUCAACUGAGAGGAGUUUAGUGUAAAUACAAUCUCUCAAGAAGUCUCUUAUGUACAGGACAGGCCUAUUAUUAAUAAUGGGAAAAAAUCAUUUGGAAUUAACAGAAACUGAGCAACAUUUUAGUUGUAAAAACACUAUGUUCUUAGCUGUUUUAGCUGUUUUUUUUUAUAUUGUGUGUGCCUGUUUUCCAAUGCCGAGUCUCAGCUUUAUUAUUAGGACAUUUUCCAAACCCCAAAAAGACAGUAUUUCAGGCUGGUAAAGUGCAGAGUCUGUAUGGAAUGAUUUAAAAUAUUUCCACCAGUCAAAAGACCAAGAAACAUCCAUUACAAGCAAGUUGCAUCACUGGUACCGAAAGUUCCCUCCCAUUAUGGGGCAUCUGUACCUAAAGAACGUCCAAAUGAACACGUCCUCAUACGACUUGGACCAAUCAGGCUGGCGUACCAUCUUUGGAUGCUGUCUUCUUGUUAAAAAGUGCUGCGCUGAUUGGUCCUGACGAAGAUGCUGUGAAUUGAUCUCCCUCUAGGAUGCGCUUAUACCAGGGUGCCCCAGAUGACAGAGUGCUAAACAGAGGAAGGGUCAAGUCGUGGUGUGCAACGAGUAAAAAACGACGAGUCACGCUUCUGUAGCAAGAGCAAUUUGGUGAUGGAGAGUGGUCUCAAUACCGUUGAGAUGAGUAACUUCUCACUACCCCCAAACGUUACAGAUCUUGGCUGGCGUCAGCCGCUUUGGUACCACUACGAACAGUGUGCCGAGGCUCCGUAUGCCUUCCUCUUUUACUUCAUUGUCAAAGUUUUUAACCUGGCCUUGGGAUUCCCCGCCAACACACUGGUGAUGUGGCGCAUAGCAAGGUGCAAAAGUGAAGGCUCCACGUCCGACGUGUUUAUCUUCAACCUAGCUGCACAGGAUACAUUCUUCUGCCUGAUGACUCCUAUAGAACUGACAAACCGGCUGUAUUUGGACCACUGGGGCAUCUGGCACCUACAGCAUUUUGCCUAUGGAGUAAAAGAUACAACACCGUUGUUCCUUACCUGCAUCUGUUUGGACAGGUACAUGGCUGUCGUGCACCCUAUAGUGUUCACGAACAUCCGCGAUAACCGCAUACGUAAAGGCAUCUCAGCCUUGGUAUGGGUGAUGAUCUUGGCUUAUGCUAUCACAGAGAGCAUUUUAGGAGUAAUGAGUGUGACCAAGGUGUUCAGCAGCCUCAUCCUGUCUUCCUUUUUCAUCAUGGUCUUCUGCAACAUAUCCAUCAUCUGGGUGUUGCGCAAGAGUGUCGCUGGCAAAGAGACCAUGAACCCUGUGAAGAAGAAAGCCUUUAAAAUGGUGGUCAUCCUGCUGGCUAUCAUUGUCUUCAACUAUUUGCCACCUGUGGCACUCAUGCCAUUUGCCUCCACCUACACUUUCAUCCAGAUGAACUGCCAAAUUAGCGUCUCGGUCUUCUCUAUCAUGGAUUUGAGCAGCACCAUUGAUCCGAUACUUUACAUCUCCAAGACGGACAAAAUGAACUUCUGCUCCUGUCUGAAGGGAACCGCAAAAAAAACGGAAACGAAUGUUAGUGUGUAAAAAAACAGUCAAUAUCUAGAAUCUAGAAUUUGCAAGCAAGUGAUUAGAGAUCAGGGUUAUUAUUCUAAUCCAUCUGCUUUAAAGUUUAAUCCUGUAGUUCCAUACAUUGUGAUUCAAAUUCAUACCCAAUGU